CAAGAUGGCGGACCGCUUCUCCCGCUUCAACGAGGACCGCGACUUCCAGGGUAAUCACUUUGAUCAGUAUGAAGAAGGACACUUGGAGAUUGAACAAGCAUCACUAGACAAACCUAUAGAAUCGCCCAGUUUUUAAAGCCAGGAUAAUAUUGGACACCGCUUACUCCAGAAACAUGGGUGGAAGCUGGGCCAGGGAUUGGGGAAAUCUCUUCAGGCUGUUUCAGCUUUGGGGGCCACAUUUGUUCCUUGCAGAUGUCAACACUAACUUGGUAAGGACUGGGAACACUGACUGAACUUCUGUACCUAAUCAUUGACCCUCUCACUCCUUAGCAAGGGACUUUUAGAGCAGAGCUGUGAUAAAAUUGACUCUUUGAACAUUAGAAAUAAGUUUUCACAAUUUGAAUGAGCAUUCAAGAGUAUGUAUGGGGAACAUGUCAUUUCUAUAUGCCAGGCCUUCCCUUUAUUUUAUUUGCAUAUAUCUAUAAAUGUUGUUCAGCAAUGAGUAAUUAAUCUACUAAGCAAUAACCUAUUUCUAGAGGGAAUUGAACUGAACCUAAAUAUAUAUUAGUUUGUUUAUGUAUCAGUCAAAUUUGUUCAGUAUUCCAGUUGUGCUACUGACCAAAUGAGCCUAACAAUGAACUUGAGAUUAAUUUUCUUUCAAACUAUUUUAGCUUGAAAUUGAAGAAAUGUUUUAUCCAAAAACUAUGCUUCCAAUAACUAUCUUGGAGGGGGAGGGGGGAAGGAUAUGUCUUUGGCCAGUCAAAAGAUAUUCAUAGAACUUAUGGUCUUAUUCAGCAGACAUUUAUUGAGCUCAGCAUUGCCUUACAAGAACCUUACAGUAUAAAUAAGGAGAUUAAAUUAACCACUUAUAUUUAAGUGAUAAAGUAUGUGGUGCAAGUUAUAAAUGCUGCUGCGAGUUCAAAGGAGAAGGGAGGGACUUUAGUCAAGAACAUCAAGGAAGAAGAACUUUAUCUUUACUUUAUAGUGGAGAUCAGAUGGAUGGGUAAGGUUUGGAGAAAGGGGCAUGACUUAGAGCAGUCUACUCCUACUCCUAAAAAUAAAUAAACCAGCAAUUUAUAGGGCAUAUCCUAUUCAGGGUUGGUCAAUAACAAUCAUCUUUAAAUAUCAGUAAAUGCUUAUUGAGUUGAAUGAAACAAUAAAACAUGUUAUUACUAAGAUAAGGUAUUCAGGAUUGUAAGAUUACUUUUACUAGAUGGUCUGCUAUUUCAUAGACUAACAAAAAGGUGUGUACUUAAGGAUUUUGUGCAGUACCCAUAAGUGAGAGGGCCCAGACCUUUUUUUUUUUUAAAUCUUUUUAAGUGAGCCCCUCUUAUCAAUGUCAUUAAGUAACUCUACUGACAAUUAUGGUUUUAGAAAGGUUUUUGAGACACUGAGAGUUUAAGUGAAAUGCCCAGGGUCUCACUGUUUACAGAUAUGUUGAAUGCAAAAUUUGAGCCCAUUUUCCUGACAACAAAUAGAGCUAUCCCUCUGUUGUUCACUAUUACCUCUUAAACCUCAUAUUGGAGACCUAGAAGUCUUUAAAAGUGAGAAUAAAACUUAUAAUGUGUUUUAAAAGAAUGGAGAAGUAAACAGAUGCUUCCAUGUAUUCACGCAAUUAUCAAUUAUUUGUGCUUGUAAGAACUUUUGUGGAUUCGUUAGCCCUGAAAAAUUAUCCUUUAUGGUUUCAACAUGUGCAUGUAGUUUUUGUCACCUUGAAUUCCAUUUGAAAUAACAGACAUGAGUAUCUUUUAAGUUGUUUUUCCUAGUUGAAUCCUUUUCAUUGAGUAAAUUGAAGUGAAAUAUAAAUUAGCCUGUUUGUAUGUCUAGUUAAUUGACAUACACUUUUAAAAAUUUGAGAUAAUAAUUUUUAUUAUUUUCAUGUUGCUUUAUAUAGUUCAGAUUAAAAAAUUAAAAUAAUUGGCAAAUAACUUUUACAUUCAUAAUAGUUAUAGUUGGGAAUUCAUCAGUGUCUUUGUAGUAGCAGGAUCCUACAUGAAGAAAUCAGUUGUGAAAACUACAAGUAUUACCUUCCAUUCUUAAGAUGUAUGCUGGUAUAAGAUCAUCUAAAAAAGAGAAAUUCUAAGGCAGGUAUAGUCUAGGAUGAGUUCUUAACUUUUUUUAUGUUUGGAUAACUAUUUCAGUAUAAUUGGUUUCCUUUGUAAUCCUGUGUGUUGUAUUUUAUGUUUUUAAAAACAUUCUGAGACAGGGUCACACAGAAAAAAGUGAAGAACCCAUGGUCUGGGACAGUAAUGGUGAACCUUUUAGAGUCCCCCCCUUCCCCCCCCCCCCCCCAUGCCUCCCCUCAUCCCACCCAGGGAAGGGUAGAAACACUCCCAUUAGGCUGCUGGACAGAGGGACAGGAAUGUGAAAAAAUGUCAGGUACAGUGGAGAGGGGAAGGGGAGGCCCUCUGCCUUUCUAGUAACAAACUGGGGGGAGGAGGGGGGUAUAUGACCUCAUGCCUACAGAAAGCAUUCUGCAUGCCAUAGGUUUGCCAUCACUGGUCUAGGAUAAUAACAGAAUCUGACCUUGAAUUUUUUUGGGGAAAGAAAAUCUGGUUCCAGAAAAUUAGUUAUAUUAGUAACUAAAAUAAUUGAAUGUUAAGACUGAAAAGACAGGAUAAAUUAUGUACAUUAUUGAUAUCUCAAUGGCAAUUUCUUUAAAGGCUUUUUAAAAAAUUUUUUUGGAAUUGAAAUGUGUCUAUGAUCUUCUGUCAUCCUCAAUCUUAGGAGCCAAGUCCCAUAUCUGCAGUUUUAGAAUGCUUAAUAAGUGGUACAUCUGUAAGCAUAUUUAGUUUUAUCAUAGGACAGGGAGAAUUGGCUUAAGUAAAGAAGUUCAGGUAACUUAGCACACAAAGGUCAGUAGAACUAGCUUCACCUCUAUUCUAAAAGCUUCUUUAUUGACACUUAGAGAAGAAUUCAUAAACAACUAAGUUUAUGAAUUUACAAAUUUAAAGUUUUAUCCCCCGGUUUACUAACUCAGAUAUCAGUGCCAGGAUUCUAUAUUGACUUUAAGUUUUAGAGCAUUGACAGCUUCAUUGCUGGCACAUUUUGAUAUUUUGGAUAUGCUGGUGAGAUUGGUGCUUGUGGCCAGGUUACUGUUACAGCUGUGGUCAAGUCAACAAACAUUUAUUAAACUUUUAUUAUGUUCUACACACUGUGCUAUGCCCAUGGGAAUAACAAAAAAAGCUACUCCUCCACCUCCUAAAACAGAAACAGCUUUCUUGUUCCUUCGGUCAAGGAUUUCACAGUCUUUUAAGGGAGGCAACAUGCAAACCACUAUGUACAAAUAAGAUAUUGGGAGAUUGGGAAAGGCUUUAAUAGUAUGUGUCAAAAGCCUCUGAGAACUCUGGGUGCUCUAGGGAGAUAUGGGAACCAUCCAUGAUCUAUCCAGGGUCAUUCCACCUGAUCUAAUGUGCUCCUUCUUAAUGAGGAGAAUUUUAAGCAUGGAACCCUAUACCAACAAAAAAGACAUGUAGUUAGGAGUGAUAAAAGUGAUAAAGUUUGCUUGGCUCCUGGAGAGGAUAGUGAACAGGGCUCAUGGAAGGUGGAGCUCCUAGUCCCUAAAGAAAGAUUAACACUUCCAGCUGCUUAAAAUAGCUGUUUAUGGUCAAUUUUCUGAUUCUCUGUCUCUCUCUGUCUCUCUGUCUCUCUGUGUCUCUGUCUGUCUGUCUCUCUCUCCCUCCCUCUCUCUCUUUCUCCCUCCCUCCCUCCUCCUCCACCUUUUGUCAUAUUUUGCUUCCCAUAUCCCACUAGAUUGAAUACUCCUUUCUAAUGAUCAAAAAGGUUAAGCAAAAUAUCCCAGAGGCCAUGGCUUUUGGGAGGAACUAUGCUUUCUUUUUUUUUUUAAGUUAGAGCUUGAUUUCAUUUUUGUGAUAAUUUUUCCAUUUCUGUUGUUAUAUAAAUUGUCAUAGUUCUGCUUAUCUCACUCUAUAUCAGUUCAUACAGAAUUUUCUAAAUUCUUCCUAUUCAUUUUUUCCCCAAAACCUGUGAACUCCCCAUACAUACUACCAGUGAAUAUUGUUAUCAGUUCUGCAACUUAGUCUCAGAGAAAUUCAGAACCUGAAACAGGAAAUUAAGUGAUGGGUCCAGGGUCACAUAGUUAGUAUGUAUUGGAGGCAAUUCUAGAACCCAGGUCUUCCUGAUUCCUAAUUUGAUUCUAAUCCAAACUAUGUGACACUGCCCCAUAUCAUUUCUUACCUUACGAUAAUAUUUCAUUAGGGGGCAGCUAGGUGGGUCAGUAGAUUGAGAGCCAGGCUAGUGAUGAGAAGUCCUGAGUUCGAUUGUGAUUUCAGACACUUCCUAGGUAUGUGGCCCUGAGCAAGUCACUUCACCUCCAUUGCCUAACCCUUACUGCACUUCUGCCUUGGAACUAUAGUAUUGAUUCUAAGAUAGAAGGUAAAUGUUAAAAAAAAAUUUUUCCCCCCAUUAAUUUCAUACAGUAUUUAAAAAACUAUUUUUCAGGAGGCAUCUGGGUAGCUCAGUGGAUUGAGAACCAGGCCUAGAGAUGGGAAGUCCUAGGUUCAAAUCUGGCCUCAGACACUUCCUAGCUGUGUGACCCUGGGCAAGUCACUUAACCCCCAUUGUUUAGCCCAUACCUCUCUUCUUCCUUGGAACCAGUACACAGGAUUGAUUCUAAGAUGGAAGGUAUUGGUUUAAAAAAAACAACACACAACUGUUUUUCAUUCAUCAGAAACCUGUUUUGUUCCCUGUUCUUCAGAAAGUUUUGCUAUGUAUAUUUAAAUAUAUAUUGGAUUUUUGUUCUGUCUUUUACUACCUUGGGGUAGGUAUAUACCCAGAAAUGGAAUCAUUGGGUCAGAGGACUACAUUUCUAACCUGAUUGGAGGGAUAUGAUGUAAGCUUCCAUAGUAUUUUCACUAAUUCUUCAACCAGAUAACCCAGACUGAGAUUCUAUUAAGAAUUCUAAUCUGCAAAGAUUUCCCACUCCCUCUUCCCUCCCUCCACAAAUUUCAGUUUACUGUGGUACUCUGCACCUCCCUUUCUGUUCUUUAUUAGUAAGAUUAUUUACUGGAUACCACUAGCCAUCUGGCCUCUGCACUGGUGUAGGUAGGAAUGACAGGGUUCAGACUUUUGCAGGUAUUUCCUGCUAUCAUAUUCUAACCCACUACAUCUAGAAGUGGGCUAGUUUCACCUACUAUAAGUAACUACAGGUAUAUAAGUCUAUAAGUAACUCAAGACUGCUGCCACAAAGGCUAACGAAAAGAUUUUUGUUGUAUGUAAGAUUGGGGUUUUUGGUUGUAAAGAAUAUGGGAUUAGGGUUCAGUUUAGCAUAGUUCCUUCUCUCCCUCUCUGAGGGAGGUAAUUAAAUCAACUAAAAUGAAAUUUUACAAUUUGUUGCUGAUCUCUUUUGCCUUCUUUUAUCACCUUCAUUUUCAAAUAUCUCUUCUUCCCAUCCUAGAUUCAGAGAGCUAUUUCUUGUAACUAAGGAAAAGACAAUAAGCAGUUUAGAAAAAACUAAUAAACCAAUUCCAUACAUCAAGUCUGAUAAUAUAAACUGUGUUUUACCUCUCCAGAGAAGGGAGGGAGGUGCAUUAUCAUAUAAUCCAGGAAUAGAGUGAGGGUGAGUGUGGAUAUCAAGCUUGGUUGUUUCAUAGCCUUUAGUUAACAUUUUUUUAUGUAGAUGUUUGUUUGUUUCCCCCAGUUACAUUGUAGUUGUUGUAUAUUUUAUUUUCCUGAUUUUGCAACUUCUGCAUCAAGUUAGUAUUAGAGAAGCACAUUAGGACAUUAGCAAAAUACAGAAUCUUUCAGAAGAGCCACACAUAUGGGGAAAAUAAAUUGGGAGGCAGUUUGAUACAGUGGUGCUAGAUUUACUCCCUUACUCCUGAUUCCCUAUAUGUAAUAAGUUGAUAAAUCUUGUGAAGUUACUUCUGCAAUAUUUCAUGCAUUUGUCCCCAUCUCUCCAUAACAACUCCAAUAGUUCUGGUUGGUGUUAAUGCUUGCUUAGACUAUUGUUAACAGUCUUCUACAUUGUCUCCCUGCUUCCAGCCUUUUCUCUUUCCAAUCCACCCUUCACAUAGUGACUAAAAUAAUCUUAGAUUUAUAGGAACUGGUACAAAUUGAAAUCAGCAGAACUAGGAGAACAUUAUAUACCAUAAUAGAAAUACUGUAAUGAAAAUCAACUUUGAAAAAACUACCUAGUCUGAUCAACACAUAUGAUUUAUGAAAUUCCAAAGUAUUCAUGAUGAAAAAUUCUGCCCCCUCCAGAAAGAGAACUAAUGAAAUCUGAAUGUGGACUGGAACUUUUUUCCCCCCUUUCACAAAUGGCUAAUAUGGAGAUAUUUAGUAUAACUUCACAUAUAAAAUGGUACCAUCCAUGUAUGGGGGAGGGGUAAACAGAGAAAGAGAAUUUGAACCUUAAAAGUUUUGUGGUUUGUUUUGGUUUUUAAAGAAAAUUAAAUACUUAACAAAUUACAGGUCCCUAAGUACAGGUCUGACAGUGUCAUUUACCUGCUUGAGAAUCUGUGGUGACUUCUAUUUCCUCUAGGACAACAUAAAAACUCCUCUUGCUUAACGUUUAAAGCUUUUCACGGUGUGGCUCCAGUUUACCUUUCCAAACAUUUCACAUUACUCCCCUUUGUAUACUUUCUAUCACAGACAAAUGGACCCACUUGCUGUUUCUUAAGUUUAGCAUUCUAGGGGGCAGCUGGGUAGCUCAGUGGAUUGAUAGCCAGACCUAGAGAUGGGAGGUCCUAGGUUCAAAUGUGGCCUUAAUCACUUCCCAACUGUGUGACCCUGGGCAAGUCACUUGACUCCUAUUGCCUAUCCCUUACCACUCUUCUGUCUUGGAACCAAUACACAGUAUUGAUUCCAAGAUGGAAGGUGGUAAGGGUUUAAAAAAAAUUAGCAUUCGAUGUCCUACUUCAUACUUUUGUAUUGGCUGUCCUGAAACCUAAAAUGUAUUCAUUUCUUAUCUCUGCCUCUUAGAAUACUUAACUUCCUUUGAAGCAUAGGUCUAGUAUCACCUCUUCCUAAAUUGUAAGUGUUCCCUUAUCAAAUUGUCUUGCAUUUAUGUAUCUGUUUGCAAGUUAUAUCACUAAGUAGAAGGUGAAUGUCUCUGGGUAGGAGACUUUUUUUUUAUCAUUGUGCCUUCCAGAAUAAACUCAGAUGUCUAACAAACCAGGAAACAUCUUAAACUUGACUUGUUCAAACCUGAAUUCAUUCUUCCCAAACCCUCCCUUCUUCCAGAUUUUCCACUUUCUGUCAAAGGUAUCACUAUUUUUUCAAGUUCAUAGUGUUUGGAUUAUCAUUGACUCCUGCCUUACCAUCUCACAUAGUCGGUCAAUUUUCAAAUACUGCCAUUUCUACAUUCUCAACAUCUCUCUAAUUUGAUCCCUUCUCUCUUAUACAGUUUCCACUUUAGCUCAGGCCACAAUCUCUUCUUGCCUAGAUUAUUACAAAAUCCCCCUAAUUGGUCUCCCUGUCUCAAGGCUUCCUACAAUCCAAUCCAUCCUACACACAGCUGCCAAAGUGAUUUUCCUUAAGUGCAAGUUUGACAUUUGGUGCUGCUUAUUUCAUUCUGAUCCAGCAAAACUGUCCCCUCUGUUCAAUAUGCAUAACAAUUCAUGUCCUGUCUCCUACUCUUCUUUAAGACACAAUUCAAGCAUCAUCUUGAAAACAUGAAGCUUUUCCUAAUCUUUCUAACUGCUAGUAUAUUUCCUCCCAGACUACCAUAUUUUUAACUAUUUUAUAUAUUUGUUUUUAUUUACUUUUAUAUUUAUUCUGUAAGCACUGAUUACCUUCUCCAUAAUAGCAAAGACUUUAUAAGUAGGAUUGUUUCAAUGUCUUAUUCUUGUAUUCCCAUUGCCUAACACAUACCUCGUUAAUGAACAUUUAGUGAUUGAUUGUGGGAUUUGAAUUUUAAAUUAUAUGGAAUUCAUAAAGGCCAGUAUUCUGAUUUUACAAAUGAUACUGAGGAACUAAAUGAUUUGCCUGAGAUUACAUAGCUAGUUAGUAACAGCCACAGCUAGGCCCUUCCUACUCUAAAGCUGAAAUCCUAUGAUGAAGUCCAGACCUCCCCAUCCACUGUUCUUUUUACUAUAGAUGUUUUUCACCUAACAUUAGAAUUCAUUUUAUUAGUGUUUUAUAAAAAUUUAAUUAAAAAAUAACUUCAGGCAAAAUAAUGUUAUGGUGGGUAGAAUCUCUUUUUCUCUUGAUGCAUUCUAUACUGUACCAUACUUAUUUUUAUAUUUAUUUUAUUAUCAUCUGGUACCUGUUUCUAUCUCUAAUCUCUCAACACUCCCCCACCCAUCCCCAAGGUUAACACCUUAAAGCCUGAGACUAAUUUAUUUUUUUGUGCCCAGUAUAUAGUCUCUUGCUCAUAAACACACAACAAUAUUGGGUACAAAAUACUUACUAGGGUCUGAAGAUAUAAAGAGGGGGAAAAGCCUAUUCCUGCCCUUGAGGAACUUAUGUUCUAGUGAUGGGGACAAAAAUCUAGGAAUAGAUAAAUACAAAUCAAUAAUUCUAGAAAAAUCUCAAAGCAAAAUGAUGUUGGAAAAUUUGAGGAAACAAGAUAGAACAUCUUCAGCCAGGGUGUGUGGUUGGAUGAGGAAACAGAGAAGAAAAUUUUGUAGAAGAGGUUACUUUGAGCUAAACUUUAAAGUAUAUGGAUUCUGAAAGAUAGACCAGAGGAGGGAAAAGUAUACUCCAGGAAAGGGGAAUAUUUUUAAGAUUCAUGGAAGCAAGAGACAAGAAAGCAAAUUCAUAGAAUGGCUAAAGGGUUAAUUUUGAACUAGCACAUAGUCUUUGUGAAAGGGAAAAUUGUAAGAAAGCCUGGAACUGGAAAGGAAAAUUGUAAGUCUUCCUAAGAGUUUAAAUUUCAGACCAAGACUGGGGUUUUUUUUUGUUGUGAGGUGGUGGUGUGUGUGUGUGUGUGUGUGUGUGCGCGCGCGCGCGCACGCGCGUGCUUUAUCAUCUGUAUAAUCUGGAAAUAUUAAAGAUUUUUGAUCAGAGAAAUACCACCAUGAAAAUUUCAUUAGGAAUAUUUAGCAACUGUGUGAGUCAGAUUGUAGAAUGUCAAAGAGUGAACGCCAUUAAAGUAUUCCAAAUGAGGCCAGGAAGAGCAGGCUGACAAGAUUCAACAAUGGACUGAAUGUAAGGAGCUAAAGAAAGGCAAGUCAGAAAGGAUUCUUGAGCUUUCAGGCCAAAGUUGCAGAACAAUGCUUGUUAAAUUGAAGUUAUUCAACAGUUCAUUUAACUCAGAAGCUCAAGCACUCUCUGGGUUCUUACACGGCCUGGUACUUCAGAUUACUUUUGUUCUUGUAGGGUAUUUCAGAAUUUGUUCUUCCUUGAGCUUAAAAUUUUACCAAGUAACAUUAUAGGAGGAUUUUACAAUAUUAUGGUGGGGUUUGGUCAUAAUAUAUAACUAUUAUGAAAUUUGUAUUGCUUGGAGGCAUGUAACAUGGCCUUCGAUAACAAAAAGGGUAUUUUAAGAUUAAUUUGGCACUGAAAUACAGUAUGAAUGUUCUUAAAAUUUAUAUGGAAGUUUUUGCAGCUGAAAUUAUUAACUUGUGCUUUAGAGGUAGCAAGGUGGUAUAGUGCUGGGCCUAGAGGCAGGAAGACUUCAGGUCAGUUUAGCUUUAUGUACUUGCUGUGAACCUGGACAAGUCACUUAACCUGUGGCUGCCUCAGUUUCCUCAGCUGUAAAAUGGGCUAAUAAUAGUACCUAUGGUUCUAGGAUUGUGAGGAUCACAUGAGAUAUUUUUAAAAUACUUAGCAUGGUGCCUGGCACAUAGUAGGAACUUAAUAAAUGUUUGUCCUCUACCUUUCCCCUUCUUUAAUAAAGGCUGUGGAAAUGACUUCACAUAAUAAGGAAGGGAUAAAUGCAAAAAAGACAUUAUGAAGGAAGAGUCAGCUAAUGGUAACUAUCAACCAUAUAAAUAUAUAGUUAGAAAAUCAUUAUAUGUUGUAUUUGAUAUUUAUUCAUUUGAGGCAUCUGUGAUAGAACUAAAGGUAUACACGAUUUGCAAGAAGUAGGUCGGUGUUUGAUGAAUAGUAGAUUAAAGCUAUAUGGUCAUGGCUCUGACUCCUCUUAUCUCCCUAGAAAAAGACAGUAUGGGUAAAGAUGGUAUUUGAUAGUUACACUAUACCCUAAGAUACUUGUUCAAGACAAAUCCUAAAGUUAUUUGUUGUCUUUAUAAACAGUAUAUUUUUGAAAAUUCUCCAGGGACUUAGGACUAAAUGGUGAUUGGGGUGGAGGAGUAUAGGAGUGUCAAAAAGAAGUUAGGGCGAAUUUUAAGAUUUUACUUGAGCAGAAAGAGAAAUGAGCUAAGAAAUGUGAUAAAUUCUUGAGAAAAACCAAAUUUUGUUUCUUUCUACGACGCCAGUGAAGAAUAGGUCUAAGGAAGUAAAUAGAGGACCCAGGUUAUCUCUGCCCAGAUGUGGCAUCACAGUCAGAAUAAGAUGAAUCACACUGUGCAUUCAACCCAUGUAUGCAGGCAUCACACACAGUGCUCUGCCAUAGUACUGUGGUUCAUUUAUUAUAUUGCUUUUUUGGUACGUGCUUCUUGGACACACAAUCAAUCUUCUAUGUAUGUGACAUUCGACAAUUUGAUUGGAUAUUAUCAAAUCACCUAAACAACACUCUUGUGAUGUUACUACAACAAAGAAUUCUGUGAUCAUUUACUAGGUUUCUACAACACUCUGUGAUAGAUAUGAUUAAUGUGAAUAAAGCCAUUUGUAGGUUAGUACUCCUUGACCUGCUAAGGGGAUCGUUGUGCUUUUGGUCAGCUUUCACUAUCCAUCAUAAUUGCUUGGGAGCUGAACAACAAAACAUCUUCGUAUCUAGGUGUGAGGGCUUAAAGCAGACCAGUUUUGGGGUUUUCCUCAAUUUACAAGUUCUGUUUUUCUUGUGUUACUUUGAAGUGCUUAUCAGUGCUGCUUGGCUUCUGUUUCAACAAAUUCAUUGGAGUGUGGUAACUGUAGGAAAAGAUUCUUUAUAGUACUCAAGCUUUUGGCCGGUGUUUAUUGUAGGGCCUUGGAGAGUGUCUUGUGCUUAAGAAAGGAGGUGUCAUAGGCAAUAAUCUUUGGGCUUUAAUUGUGUAAUUGCAAUCUUUUCUGGAUAAUAACCAAGGGGGCUUAAUGUAGGGUAUAUAUUUAUUGAUUCUAUUAGUAUUUGCUCUCAUAUUAUUUCUCCUGUAUUGGGGAGAGAAAAAUAAUUAUAACAAGUCCAUUAGUGGGGAAAAUUUGGGAAGAGAAGUCACAGAGGGGGAUCAGCAGGGAGGCCUCAUUCUGGGGUCUGCUUUGCAGACCUCCUUUCCUCAAACUGUGACCUUGUCAGCCAGUCAGGGUAUGAUGGCCUCCAGCAGCAGUUUAAAAAAAUUUUUUUUUUAAUAAAAUAAAUGGUGAUGAUUACAGGGAUGGACUUAAACCAGUUAGCAGAAGAGGUAAUACAAGUGAAUAUUUAUCUGAAUUUGGAUCAUAAAAUGUUUGCUUAGCAAACAUAAGAUAAUGCCACAAUACAGCCACAUGCUCUGUUUUCCAAUAUUUGAAAAAUUUUUGCAUAAAAUUUCCUUUAGAAGUAGUUUUAUAGUUUUGAGGGCACUACAACUCUUAAUAGUAUAUAAAAUUAUACUCCAGUAAUAGUGGAUUGUUUCAGAAAAAAAGUGCAAAGACUAUUAUAACAAAAAACUAAAACUAUUGAAUGAAAUCUUCCCAACAGUACUGGUUGAUAAUACACAAGUCAGAAAUUUUUGGAUUGGUGGAAUUUCUUUGGAACUUGACCUGAUCAGCAGUUUAUACUAAAAAACAAAAAAUGGAGGAAAAAAAUAUAGAAAAUAGAAAGUGAGCUGACCAAGUAAAAUGUUAUCAGCCAAAGUUGGCAAAGAAAGCCAUGGUUUAGGGUAGUCAGGGAAGGGAAAAUAUAGGAACAUCACCUUUCAUAUAGCUAGCCUAGAUAGUUAAGGGUUUAAAAUUAAAUUGCCAUCUGUUAUCUCCCUUCAUUUCCUCAGCACACUGUUAAAUAGGUAGGGCAAGAAUUGGGCUUCAUUUUUUAGGCAGAGAACUUGGGGGAUUUUCCAAGGUCAUAUGUUAUGUGAGCUGAUCAUGAUAUGAACCUUAUGACUGGAUUUGAGCCCAGGACUUCUUUCACAAGAUCACAUUACUAAAGUGAAGUUCAGGAAAAAUGUCCAUUUACUUGAUAGAAAUGAAUGAAUGAAUGAAUGAAUGAGUGAAUGAAUGAAUGAAUGAAUGAAUGAAUGAAUGAAUGAAUGAAUGAACCUUUUAUUAAGCACUUGCACCAGCAACUUUGCUAGGUUCAGGAGAUACAAAGAUAGAAAAGAAAUAAUCCUUGCUCUUAAGGAUUUGAAUUCUGUUGGGGAGACUACAGGUACAAAGUGAAUAAAUGUAAAGAGUUUUUGCUUUGUUUAAUUUAUUCAAUUUUUUAAAAUUGGGGCUUUAAGACCAGAUUGCCAAAAGAGUUUGUGACACAAGAAAAAUAAAGAACUUGUAUAGAAGAUGACAUUUGAACUAAAAUAAACUUGGAUUCUAAGAAACAACUAAAAGAGUGUACAUUCCUUCAAUGGGGGCAGCCUGUGCAAAAAGGCACAAACACAGGAGACUGAUAAUCAUGUAUAAGGAACAUCAAAAAGGUUAGUUUGAUUGGACUAUAGAGAAUAAGAUAGAGAUUAAAGUAGAUUUAAAAAUUUGUUUGGAACCAGAAUGUGAAAGGAUUUAAAUGCCAGAGUUGUUUUUUAUUUGAUCCUCUAAGUAAUGGACAGGUAUUGGAGUUUAGUGAGCAAGGAAGUGAUAUUGCACCUGUGCUUUUAAAAAGUCACUUUGGAAGUUUGUGUAGAAUUUGGAUUAGAGAAGGGGAAAAGUUUCAGUAGGAAUUUAGUUGUAGUAGAUGAACAACAGAAGGAAAGGAAUGCAAGUGAUAUGGAGAAAAUACCAAUAAGAUUUAGUAACUCAUUUUAUGAGAUAAGGAAGAGUAAGGAGUUAAUAAGUGUUAAUAAUAAUAUGACUCCAGAGUUGAGAAUCUGGGCAACUGCAUAAGUAUUGUAGUCCCCUUCAAAGAAAGAGAGAAGUAAGAAGAGGCUUUAAAUUUUAACCCAAGAUGAGCCUUGUCUUGGAUAGUUUAGAUUUGAAAUGCCUGUGGGACAUCCAUUUCAGAAUGUUCAAUGGGAGCACUUGGUGAUAAUGGAACUAGACUUAGGAGAAAGACUACAGCUAUCUUUUUGGUAGAUUUGGGAGGUAUCCAUAUAGAGAUGAUUAAACUCGGGGAAGUUGACAAGGUUUUUAAGAGGACUGAGAAAAGAAAAGAAAUGAGUCCAGGACAGAGCUGAGAAUACUCCUAUGGUAGGAAGUGUGAUAGGGAUGACAUUAGCAGAGAGUAGGAAUGAUCAUACAAAUAGCUAAACAGUCAAAGGAGAGCAACAGUAUUGUGAAAAUUCAGAGAAGAGAGCAAGAAGGAUAAGACCUGAGAAAAGCUGCAAAGUUGGUAGUUAAGAGAUGAUACUUCAGAUAGUAGCUUUGGAGAGAGUAAUUUCUGUGGAUGAUGAGUUUGGAGGCCAGUUUGCAAGGAGUUGAAAAAUGAGUGAGAGUUUGAUUAUGGAAGAGAAAAGUAUAGGACAGUAAUUUGAGGAGACAGAAGUUCCAGGUGAGAAUUUUGUAAGGAUUAGGGAAAGUAGAUAGAGGAAAACUGGGCAUAUUGAUAAGUAGCAAGGAAGACACCAGUAGAUAGAUCAAAGAUGAGAGAGAAAGCAAAUGAUUGAAGGCAGUUCCUUCCUCUAUUUACCCCCCCCCCAAAAAAAAAAUACUAGAUAUGUGUGGCAAUACUUUACUUCAGUUCUUGAAAAUGGUAUUCUCUGGGUUUGUUUUUUAGGUUUUUUAGUUUUGCACUCUGAUUUGUAUGAUAACUAGAUCUAGAUUUAAAACAGUUUUUUGAGUCCUAGUUCUAUCACUUAGUAACUGUGUGACCCUAAAUAAGUCACUCAGCCUUUCUGAGUUACAGUUUCCUUAAUUAAAAAGUAAAUCAAACAAAACUUAUGCCCGGUAACUCACAGAAUUUUGUGAGGAAAGUGCUUUGCAGUCUUAAAUCAUUAUACAGAUGUUGUUAUUCCAAUCUCAUUUUUAUUCUUGGUGCUGCCCAAGUACAUUUACAUGUCUGAAUGAAAGUGUCUGACAAGUAGAUGGUCUUUAUUUGGGAUAAUUAUACUUAAGAUAUUCAAGAGAAGUCAAAAGUCAGAUAAUGAAAUCAAAACAGGUUAUGCUAUAGUGGAAAGCAGCACUAUAUUUGAAACCAGAAGUUCAACGUUUGAAUCCUGGCUGUACCACUUACACUAUUGUGAUCUUGGUCAAACUGUUUUACCUUUGUAGUAUCUAGGCUUCCUAAUGACUACUUGGAGUGCCAGCAUAGAGUACAUCAGGAUAUUGAAAGGGGAGAAGGAGAUAGCAGCUGCUGGCUUUUUUUCCUUUUUAAAAAAUAUGGAUUAUAAAGCCACAGAUUUCAUAGAAUAUAAGAUCAUGAGACCAUAGAACUCAUCUCAUCCAAAUCUCUACCCAAAUUAUAACGACUUAAAUGCACACACUUAAGUGCAAAGCACUUUCUUCACAACUAACUUCUUGAGGAAAGGCAUAUAAGCUGCUUUUUUUUUUUUUUAAUAAGGUCGUGGUUUAACUAUGAGCACAAGGCUUGUAAAUUGUGGUGCUAGUACCUGGACACAAAACAGGACUCUUUGCACUAAAACCUGAAACCUCUCAUCUGCAAGAUUCUUCUAGUCUCAGCAUAAGAACAGUCUCCUGAGUUGUGACAUUUUUAGACUGUUCUGGUUUUUUCCUUAUUGAUAUAAAAUUUUCUUCCCAUAAAUUUGAAGUGCAAAAUAGAUUAUUUUCAGCACACACAUACUGCUGUCUUUCCAAUAGGCAUGUGCUCAGUAAUUACAAAAUUACUUAAAUGAGACCAAUCCUUAUUUUUGUGGUUAAAUAGAAAGGGCAGCAGAUUGGGAUCUAUUAAAGCCCAGUUCUUUGAAUCUUCCUGAGUGACUGUAGGCAAGACACUUUGCCUUUAUGUGAUCUGUAAGAUCCUGGAUAGCAGACAGUACCAGAAUCUUUUCCCUGUUCCCAUUUAUGAGAUGAAUGACCUUGAAUAAGUAAUUUACUAAACAUAAUUUAUUAAAAACAGGAUAUAUAAGCAGGAUUCCUGGAUUUUGUUUUAAUGAUCCUGUGUUAUUCCUGAUCUCAAUUUCUAAAAGAGGAUUUGUGGGACCAGGUUGAUACUAGAUGAUUUGAGAAAUACUGGUUGGUAAGGGUUUUUUUGGUUUUGGUUUUAACCAAAAGCUGAUGCCACUCCAUAACCUGGAGUAGUACCAUAGGCUCUGAAGAACCAAAAUUGCACUGAGGACAUAUUGAGAACCCAAGGAAAAUUUAGGCUGGAGUAUAGAUAGGCUUAUCAUGUAUUAAUGAUUUUAUUGGAAAACUGUUGAUCAGAGCAUCCUUAAAGCAAGGAGUGCAUGUUGACCAUCUUAACUGAAGCUUCUGCUGUUAUUGGAGUUCAACUCUUUAAGACAAUUUUCAACCCUAAGAACUAUAAAUUGAAGUUUACAUUUGUUUGGGGAUCAAGAAGUCCUAGGGCUUUAUCUUAAAGGGAUGGAAAAACUUAAUAUGAUACAAGAAAUGUGAUAAAGAACCAAAGAAUAGUGGUAUUUGAUGCUUUAUGGUUUACACAGGAUUUUCACAUAAACACUGUUAUUUCUUUUUCACAACAAUCUCAUGAAUUAGACAAAAGAAUUGUUGGUAUACUUAUUUUGCAGAUUAGAAACUGGUUCAGAAAGACCAAGUAACCAGCCUAAAGCAAUAAAACUAGUAAAUGAUAGAACUAGGACUUACUAGUACGUUUUGCACUAAACAAUGUAAUUCCUAGUUGGCCUCAGCUAGCUACUGGUAUGCCUGUUUCAAAACCUAGCAUGAGACUGGCCAACCACUUAAUCUCCUCCUUUGAAAAUAUUUCUACAAUAUGGAAUUUUAGAGCUCUACUGUAUCUUAGAGUUCAUUUAAUCCAACACCUUCAUUUUAUAUAUGAAAACUGAGGUCCUAAAGAGUGUUGUUUUGGCUUUUUACAUUCUGGUUCAGUGUAGAUUGGUGUAGGGAGAAGAGCACUAUAUUCCCAAUUAAAGGACAUUUGAAUCCUAACUCUGCUACUUGUUACCUGUGUGACUUUAGACAAGAUAUUUAAUUCUCUGGUCUCCUGAGAAGGUUAGUUAGGCCAGAUAAUCUUUAAUUUUAUUUGAAGUCUUUAAUCCUAUGAUUCUUUCUAUAGGAUGUGAUCUUUGAUGUUACCUCUUGCCUAUUCCCCCAUCUAUCUGUCCAUAUCCUCUCCCAUGCAAACAUUUCUCUGACCAUGACAGAAGUCAAUGGGAAGAUUUAUUUUAAAUCAUUAAGCAUUUAUUAAAUGCCUACAAUGUUCCAAGCACUCCACUAGGUUGUGGGGAUACAAAAACAAAAGUGAAAUAGACUACCCUCAAGCUUAGUUGCCAUAAGGGGAUAAAAACUUGUAGAAAAUAUAUGUGCGCAUGUGUGCAUCUUAUCUACGUUUUGUAUCCUAAGAGAGUUGCCUAGAGUGACAAAAUUGGUAUUUGUCAAAGGCAGAAAGGACUUGAAUUCGUUCCUGGCUCUGAGGCCUCUUUGUAUUUAAAAAUGAAACAAAAUGAAUACAACGAAAUUCAGAUAGUAGUAGUUUGGAGGAUCAAGAAAUUCCACAUGUAGGAAGUGUUGUUUGAAUUUCAUUUUGAAGAAAACUAAGGCUUCUAAGAGGCUAAAUGUGAAGAAAAAUGAAUUCCAGACAUGAGAGGCAGCCUGCAUAAAAGGCAUGGAAGUGAAGAAUUAUAUGUGAGUAUAAAGAUAGUUUGUUUGGUUGGACUAAAAAGAGUCUGGAAAGGCUAGAUGAAACCAGUCUGUUAAAAGAUUUAAAUAGCAAACAAAAGAUAUUUUAUUUUAAAGAUGAUUGGGGAAGGGGGGGUUGCCAGAUGACUCAGUGGAUUGGGAGCCAGGCUUAGACAAGGGAGGUCCUAGGUUCAAAUCUCACCUCAAACUAACUGGUUGUGCGACCCUGGGCAAAUCACUUAAUCCCCAUUGUAUAACCCCACUCUUCUUUUUUUUUAAAUUAAGUUUAUUUAUUUAAUUCAUUAAUUUAGAAUAUUUUUCCAUGGUUACAUGAUUCAUGUUCUUUCCCUCCCCUCCUCCCACCCCCUCCAAUAGCUAACAAGCAAAUCCACUGGGUUUUACAAGUGUCAUUGAUCCAGACCUAUUUCCAUAUUAUUAGUAUUUGCACUAGGGUGAUCAUUUAGACUCUAUAGCCCCAAUCAUAUCCCUAUCGAACCAAGUGAUCAAGCAAAUGUUUUUAUUCUGUUUCUGGUCCCACAAAUCUUUGUCUGGGUGUGGAUAGUGUUCUUUCUCACAAGUCCCUCAGAAUUGUCCUGGAUCAUUGCAUUGCUGCUAGUAGAGCAGACUACUAUAUUUGAUUGUGCCACAGUGUAUCCAUCUCUGUGUACAUUGUUCUCCUGGUUCUGCUCCUUUCACUCUGCAUCAGUUCCUGGAAGUCCUUCUAAUUCACAUGGAAUUCCUCCAGUUUAUUAUUCCUUUCAGCACAAUAGUAUUCCAGUACCAACAGAUACCACAAUUUGUUCAGCCAUUCCCCGAUGGAGAACACCUCCUCAUUUUCCAAUUUUUUGCCACCACAAAGAGCAUGGCUAUACAUAUUUUUGUACAAGUCUUUCCUUAUUAUCUCUUUGGAGUAUAAACCCAGCAGUGCCAUACCACUCAUCUGCCUUGGAAACAAUACAUAGUAUUGAUUCAAAGACAAAAAGGGUAAGAGUUUUUGUUCUGCUUUUCAAUUAGUGAUAGGGAUCAUCCACUAGGAUUUCUUGAAUAGUACAAUGACACCAUUAAGGGAAGUUAAAUUCAGGUCUUGAGAUUUGAAGUCCAGACUCUUAGAUAAGAUAAUAAAAAAAUUCUGUAAUCACUAAAUGCAAUAUAAAUAUAGGUUACCAUUAUUCAAUUUUUGUGACUUAAGUGGCACAUAUGCACACAUGUGCCUCUGUGUGUGUGUGUGUGUGUGUGUGUGUGUUUUACUUACUUGAUGCCUUCCAAUUAUAUAGGACCAUCUCUUUUGUUUCUCCCCAGAUAUGUGUACUAUAGAUGGUAUAUUUAAUAACUAAUAUUCAAUAGAUUUUGGACAGACUUGUCAUUAGCCAUAAAUUUUUCAGUCCAUUAUGAAUGUCUAUCUAAAAUUGUAAGAAAGGUCAGAAGUUCAAAGUUUAUUCUUUUCCCCUUAAUGUCUCCCUCAACUUUUUAGCACCAAGCAGAUACAAAUUAGUGAGUUCAGUGAUGUAAUGAUUAAUUGUAUGUUUGAAAUUUAUUUUCCCAGAUGACAUAAUUUUCCACAUUCUCAGCUGAAGGUAUUUCUGGGGAGAUAAUUCCUGGAUCUUUUCACUGCAUAUAAGACAUACAGUAAUAUAUGAAAGUAUAGGGACAGAUAGAGUGCCAGGCUUGGAGUUGAGAGAACCUCUGUUCAAAUGUGGUUCCAGAUACUUACUAGCUAUGUGACCCUGGACAAGGUUAAAUAACCCUAUUUGCCUAGUCCUUGCCCUUCUGUCUUGGAGUUGUAACUAAGACAGAAAGAGUUUUAAAGAAAGGGAUGGGGUGAGGGGAACAGUACAAUAAGGAAGUAGAAAGUGUUAUAUAAAUAGGAAGAUUAGAUUACUUUCAUGGGGGAAGAAUCAAGGAAGGAAUUGUAGAGGAAGUAGUUUUGGGGGAGGAGGGAAUUAUAUAUAGUCAUGGGUAAGGGGAUUGUUCAGGCAAAGAGAACAGAAUGAGCAGUCAUGGAGGUAGGACAGCGGCUGCAAUUUUGAAGAACUGUGAAUACUUCUGCUUGGAUCAUAAAAUAUGCCAAUAAAAUAGAAUAAUAGAAUGAGAUAACGCUGGAAAACCAGGUUAGGGCCAGAUUGUAGGAGGAAGGACCUUGAAUCCUAGGAUACUUUUAUUGGAUUUUAUUUGUUAGGUAUUCUGAAGUCAUUGAACAGUUAGGAACAUGGGGAAGACAGCAGCGUUAAUUAUAAACAUCCUCAGAAUCAUUACAAAGAUUUUUCUGGCAGCAGUAUAUAAGAUGGAUGAAAUUGGAAUUGGGGAACAUAUUGAAGGUUAAAAAGCUAGUUUUGAGGCUAAUAAUUUAAGCAAAUGGGAAGUUAAGUUAGUGUGGUGGCAAUAGAUGAAAGAAACAUUUAACAGGAAUUUAGUCGAUUGGUUGUUGAGGGGGAGAGGACUCAAAAUUAUGCUAAAGUCCAAAGCCUGGGUGAAUUAACUGAUGAAUGAAUAAUGAUAUAGUUAACGAAUUAUAUAUAAAUUGAGAAGAGAAGCUAGAUGGCUUGGAGUUGGGGAGGUAGGUUAGUGCAUGUUGAGGGAACUUAAGGUGUGAAGAGAGAGAAUACCUAACAGAUUAGAAAUAAUGGGAGUUUGAGGGAAAGAUUGAAUCUAGAGAGACAGCUUUGGAAGUCACUUGUAUAGAAGUGAAAAUUGAGCUAUGUAAGACUAUUAGAAAAAAGGGAGCCAAUAAACUGAGUUCUCAGUAAAAACUUAAAAAAAAUUCUUUGUAUUAUAUUCAUCAGGAUUUGCAAAACAAUUAGUAUAUUUUAACCUUAAUUUUCCUUUUAGUUGUUUGAUUAUGUUGGGGAAAUUACCCUUAGGAACAAUUAGUAAGUUUGCCAUAUAACUUUAUAUUAGUUAAAAUAGAAUUACUGUUAUAAAAAUUAAAAAGGUGAAGCUUGUUACUCAUUUUGUUAGAAACCAUUUUAAAAUUUAAUUUGAAUAUGUUGUAUGCCUAUAUACUACCUUAAUUUGGGCACAUUCUAGACUUGGGGUUUUUCCUUUCUACCCAGCUUCAUUUAUCUUUCCUAUGUUUGCAAAGCAUUUAGCUGGCAUUGAACACCAUUAUUUACUUUUUAAGCCAGUUAAUAUUUAGUGCUUCUCUCUAGAGUGGGAAGGGAGAAACUUUUGGUUUUGAAAUGGACCCAUUGGAAACAUGGGAAAAUGGUUGAGAUGUCCCCUCCCUUUUGAGUUAUUUUUAAUUUUUAAAAGGUUGAAUUUUCCUGAGUGUAACACACUAAUAUUUUCUUGCCACUCCUGUUCCCCAUCCGCCUCUUUUGUCUAAUUAACCAAAUAAAGUUUUUUCAAGCAGUAACCUUUUUGUCUAGAAUUCAUAGUGCAUGUAUCGAUAUAUCUGUGUAGGGAAUGCCUCAUGAAUCAGCAAUAAGUACUCAUUUAUUUAUUUAUUUGUUGGGUGCUGAUCAUGUGCCUGUGCUGAGUAAAUACUGUUUUUGCCUUCAAGGAGCUUACAUUCUAAUGAGGGGGGCAACUUGCAAACUAUGUACAGACAAGAAUUACAGGGUAAGUUGAAGGUAAUCUCAGAUGGAAAGUACUAGCAACUGAGAGACUGGAAAAGGCCUCUUGAAGAAGGUGAGAUUUGAGCUGAGUCUUGAAGGAAGCCAAGAGGGAGAGCAUUCUAGGCAUAAAGGACAGGCAGGCAAGGCAAGGAAUUUGGGACUUGGAAAGUCAUUAAAUGAACAGCAGGAAGACUAGAUAGCAAUGUCAAGUCACUGGACCUGUCUAGCCUUUUAAGAUAUAGAAAAUAACUUUGCUUUUAAAGAACUCAUGCACUAAAAUGAGGAAUAUUUACCACCUGUCUGACUCUGAGGAAGUCAUUCCUUUCUCUGCAGAUCAUCAGAUCAACUCUCCUUAACUUAUAGCCUUAGAAAGUUGCCCAAGCUGUUGCAGAAAGCAGAACUUCAGCUGCUCUAUUCAUCACAAUAGAGUGCUUUUCAUCAUACUUGACAAACGAUAGUAAAUACAUACUCUUAUACCUUUUCUGAGAAUUAGGAAUAAUGACUUUUCCUAUUGGGAUGUUCCUUGGUCCAAGGCCUGCUUAAUAUGGAAAGAAAUGACAUUUGACCUUUUAGUUUGCUUUUUUUUUAAUGUCUAGUUUAUUUUCUAUGAUUUAACAUGUUAAGUGGAUUAAUAAUAAAUCUUGAUCAGUAGUUUUAGACCAUACUCCCCCUAGAGUUCUUAGUCUCCAGCAAAGGUUAAUUCAAAGUGUUAUUGGUGCUGCUUAUACUGAGACAAAGCUCAAAGGAGAUCACUUGAAGAGUAUUAUUCAUUCAAAACAGAACUGAAAUAUGACUUGACUUUCUAAGAUACGAAGAUGAGAAGUUAAACUCUAGGCCUUUUGGUUGUAUCUUUUAGGUGGAGCUUUAAAGAUUCCCUGUUUUAUUUUGUUUUGGUUUUUUUAUUUGAUUUUUUUCUUUAGAAUUUGUCUUUCGGUGAUGGAUUGGGCUAUACCAUUUUCCAGCUCCUAAAAGCACUGCUUCUUGAGGCCCCAAAUUAUAUUUGGCCAUAUUAAGAAAACAUAUAGAACUAAAUCAUUGCCAUUCGGAUGUCAGACAAAAAAGCCUAGUUUUUAGCCAGAAUGAGUGUUUAGUCUUGUGAAGUUUUUUAAAACAAUCCAAAUCCAUGCCAAACAUCACUUCAAAUCAAAGUAGAUAAGGAAUAUAAUUGGACAAAAAGUAUUAUCCAUUUAUUCUAACUCCAGUAGAUUUUAGUAUUUUAACUUGGCUGGUACCUUUUCCCUCCUCUCCUAUUCCCAUCCCCAGUUUUGUAUUUUCAAGCAGGAGAAGUUGUAUGUGUUAACAAGAAAUAGAACAGAAAUCCCAAGUCCUGGUGUAAAUAUUAUGAAAACUGGUUGGUGCUGACCACUUUCUUCCCCACCCCCACCCUGAAGUAGUAGGAGGGGAGAAGUCCAACUGUUAACUUUAACCCAUCCUAUCUGCCUGCUAGAAGGCCUGUUUUCCACCCUAAUGGUUUCUGCCUAACAAAUGGUGUUUCUUUCUUACAGCAUUUUGAUCCUGGACUUGUUGUGGUGAUGGUAAACUUAGCAGUGGGAGAACAGAUCCCAUUCCUAUCGUUGUCAAGUAUGAUGUCAUGGGUAUGGGUCGAAUGGAGAUGGAGCUUGAUUAUGCUGAAGAUGCUACCGAACGGAGGCGUGUCCUAGAAGUGGAAAAAGAAGACACAGAAGAGCUGAGACAGAAAUACAAGGAUUAUGUUGAUAAAGAGAAGGCCAUUGCCAAAGCCCUAGAAGACCUUCGAGCUAACUUUUACUGUGAACUCUGUGACAAGCAAUAUCAGAAACACCAGGAGUUCGACAAUCACAUCAACUCCUAUGAUCAUGCACACAAACAGAGAUUGAAAGAUCUCAAGCAGAGAGAGUUUGCUCGGAAUGUCUCCUCAAGAUCUCGGAAAGAUGAGAAGAAGCAGGAAAAAGCUCUGCGACGGCUACAUGAAUUGGCAGAGCAGAGAAAGCAAGCCGAAUGUGCCCUUGGAAGUGGCCCUAUGUUCAGACCAACCACAGUUGCUGUAGAUGAAGAAGGAGAAGAUGACAAGGAUGAGUCAACUACCAGUGGCAGCUUGGGAACCUCUGCUUCUUCUGGCCUAAGCAAUGAAUUUAUCACAGACAAAGGAGGCCCAUUUACUUCUGUAUUACCCAGUGGCACUACUGGUCUUGGACAAGCUCCUGUUUUGGCCCCCCCAGCUAUCAGUUUUGGCAUCAAGAAUAAUUUGGGGACUCCCUUGCAAAAGUUAGGGGUCUCCUUUUCUUUUGCCAAAAAAGCCCCAGUCAAACUUGAAUCAAUAGCAUCUGUCUUCAAGGACCAUGCAGAGGAAGGUAGCUCAGAAGACAGCACAAAAUCUGAUGAGAAGGGCUCUGACCCAGGAGCAUUACAGAAAGUGGGUGAGUCUGAUAGCAGCAAUAAUCCUGAAGGCAAAAAAGAAGAUGAAGAUGCACAUGAAAAAGAUGGUGGGUCACUUGCCUCGACACUAUCCAAGCUUAAAAAAAUGAAACGAGAAGAUGGCACUGGAGCUGCAGAACCUGAAUAUUACCACUAUAUCCCCCCAGCUCAUUGCAAAGUGAAGCCCAACUUCCCCUUCCUUCUCUUCAUGCGAGCCAGUGAGCAAAUGGAAGGGGAUCAUAGCACACACCCAAAGAAUAACCCUGAAAGCAAAAAAAACAAUUCUCCCAAGCUUAAGAGCUGCAGCAAGCCAGCAGUAAACCAAGGAGCAGAAAAGAUGGUGAAUGAAGCCCUGGUACAACAGAAGGACAUAAAUGUGAUUGAGUCUACAGAGCCUAAAAGCAAGGCUGAAGCAAAGGAGGCCCAAAUGGAUGCAAGUGACCAGAGUAGAAAUAGUCAGCAGCUUGCAGAAAAUCAAAUCCCUGAAUCCAGUCCUUUUAAAGAAGCUGCCCAGAAUACUCCAGCAAGGAAAGAGGGCCCAGAGGGACCUAAACAUCCUACUGGUCCCUUCUUCCCAGUUUUGAGCAAAGAUGAAAGCACUGCCCUCCAGUGGCCAUCAGAACUGUUGAUUUUUACCAAGACAGCGCCCUCCAUUUCAUACAGCUGUAACCCUCUAUACUUUGAUUUUAAGUUGUCAAGAAAUAAAGAUGCCAGAGCAAAAGGGAUAGAAAAACCAAAGGAUCCAGGAGGACCCUUGAAGGAACAUUUCCAGGGUUCUGAUCCGGGGGAUAUAAAGAACAAGGAAGCGGGGAAUGUAAGUCAUAGUUCAGGGGAAAAAACAGAUGCUAUGCCCUCAGGAUCAGCCUGUAGCAGCCUUCACAGGCAGGAUCCUGGGGAGAGCCAUGGGGAAGAUGUGGAGGACAAAGGCAAGAGCCUCCUUAGCAGGAAAGAGCGAGCUGCCAAGUCACACCGACACAAGAAGAAGAAGAAGCACAAAAAGUCCAGCAAACAUAAGCGAAAACACAAAGAUGAUCCAGAAGACAAGGUCUCUAAAACUGAGUCUGGGGAGAAGUCCAAGAAGCGCAAGAAAAGAAAACGGAAGAAAAAUAAGUCGUCAGCCCCCACAGACUCAGAGCGGGGACCUAAACCAGAGCCCCCAGGGAGUGGAAGCCCUGCACCCCCCAGGAGACGGCGGCGCACACAGGAGGAUUCCCAGAGGAGAGCACUUCCAGCUGAUGAGGGGAAUAGUAGCAAAAAGGAGGAGGGGGGAGGGAGCAGCAGCAGUGCCCAGGACCAUGGUGGCAAGAAACACCGAGCUGAUCCACCUCCAUCUGCCUGCCAGCGAAGAGCAGGUGCUAAGCGAAGGAGUAGCCAGCCCAGCAGUGGAGAUGAGGAGAGUGAUGCCACUUCCUCACGCAGGCAGCACCAGAAAUCUCCAUCCCAGGACAGUGAGGAUGAUGACGAAGAUUCUGGCAGUGAACACUCCCGGAGCUGUUCUCGGUCUGGCCGGCACCAUUCUUCCCAUCGCUCAUCUCGGCGAUCCUAUUCAAGCAGCUCUGAUGCUUCUACAGACCAGAGCUGCUACAGCCGGCAGCGUAGUUACUCUGAUGACAGCUAUAGUGACUACAGUGACCGGUCACGAAGGCAUUCAAAGCGAUCACAUGACUCAGAGGAUGACUCAGAUUAUGCCAGCUCAAAACAUCGGUCCAAGCGGCACAAAUACUCAUCUUCAGAAGAUGACUAUAGCCUCAGUUGUAGCCAGUCACGAAGUCGUUCACGGAGCCAUACCAGAGAGCGAUCAAGGUCCAGGAGCAGGGGUCGGAGCCGGAGCCGGAGCAGCAGUUGUAGUCGAAGCCGGAGCAAACGAAGAAGCCGGAGUACAACAGCCCACAGCUGGCAGAGGAGUCGGAGCUAUAGUCGCGACCGUAGCCGUAGCACUCGAAGCCCCUCCCAGAGAUCAGAUUCUAGAAAAGGCUCGAGAGGUCAUGAGAGCCCUGAAGAAAGACGAUCAGGUCGCCGGGAUUUUAUCCGUUCCAAAAUCUAUCGCUCCCAGUCCCCACACUAUUACCGGUCAGGUCGAGCUGAGGGACCUGGAAAGAAAGAUGGCAGAGGGGAUGACAGUAAAGGGUCAGAGCCACCUUCCCAAAAUAGCAGUGUCCCAACAAGGGUAUCUGAUGGUGACUGCAGCCCAGAGGAUAAGAACUCAGUCACUGCUAAGCUGCUAUUAGAGAAGAUUCAGUCAAGGAAGGUUGAAAGAAAACCAAGUAUAAGUGAAGAGGUACUAGUUAUCCCAAACAAGGUAGGGCUCAAAUUGAAGGAUCCCCCACAAGGUUACUUUGGGCCUAAGCUCCCACCCUCCCUUGGUAGUAAGUCAGUACUCCCAUUGAUAGGAAAGCUUCCUGCCACUCGCAAGCCAAACACCAAAAAAUGUGAAGAAUCUGGCUUGGAGCGGGGUGAUGAGCAAGAACAGUCAGAGACAGAGGAGGGGCCCCUGGGCAUCAUUGAGGCCACAUUUGGACACCAGUGCCCUUCGGAGGACACAGCAAGGCCCACAUCAGACCCACUUCCCGAAGAGCCAAAGCCUGAAGAAGGCACUGCCGAACACUCCACAGCCCCUUUGAAUACCCCAGCACUCCCUAACUGCUAUCCUGGGGAUUCCACCAUGCCCCACAACUACCUCCCUGAGCCCAGUGAUGGGGAUGCCCUGGAGCAUCUAGAAGGGACUACUCAACCAGUGCCCGGUGAAUCUAGUGCCCUCCCUUUAGUCCCAGAUAUGGAACACUUCCCCAGCUAUGCACCUCCAAGUGGGGAACCCAGCGUCGAGUCCCCUGAUGGGGCUGAUGAUGCCUCACUGGCCCCCCUAGAGAGUCAGCCCAUCACUUUCACCCCGGAAGAGAUGGAGAAGUACAGCAAACUCCAGCAAGCAGCCCAGCAGCAUAUCCAGCAACAGCUCCUAGCCAAGCAAGUGAAGGCAUUCCCAGCCUCAGCAGCACUGGCCCCUGCAACACCUGCUCUCCAGCCCAUCCAUAUCCAGCAGCCUGCCACAGCCUCAGCCACUUCCAUCACCACAGUGCAGCAUGCCAUACUGCAACACCAUGCUGCUGCUGCCGCUGCAGCCAUAGGCAUCCAUCCUCAUCCCCAUCCUCAGCCCCUUGCCCAGGUGCACCAUAUUCCCCAGCCACAUCUGACCCCCAUCUCCUUGUCCCACCUUACUCACUCAAUUAUCCCUGGCCACCCUGCCACCUUUCUUGCCAGCCAUCCUAUCCACAUCAUUCCUGCUUCUGCCAUCCACCCGGGGCCUUUUACCUUUCACCCAGUCCCCCAUGCAGCUCUCUAUCCUACACUUUUAGCCCCUCGCCCUGCUGCCGCAGCUGCCACUGCUCUCCACCUCCACCCACUACUACACCCCAUUUUCUCAGGUCAGGACCUGCAGCAUCCACCCAGCCAUGGAACAUGAGUUGGAUGCAGAGGGGGAGGGACAAGUGGGGAGAGGAGAUAUGAUGACACCUAAACCUCCCACAGAGAAGGGGCUGAGCCAUUGGAAACAGUAAGUGAAAGUUGAGGUGGGGAAUUUGACAGCCAAAGAAAUGUCUUGGCUUACAGGAAUGGUUUGGGAUAUGAAGUUUGCAUUGGGCUUAAUAUCAGGGAUUUUUUUUCUUCCCCCUUCCCCUCUCUCCCCUCCCAUUCCCACCACUCCCAUCCUUCGUUAUGUUUUCAACACAGAGAACAUCUCCAAGUAUUGUCCCACUUCAUUUGCAGCAGCAUUUCCUUAAUGAAAACUUUAACCUUUCCCCACCCCACCAUUCCCUUCCUGGUCUUUGCCCCUCUUCCUCUCUAGUAAAUUUACAACUAGCAUUUCCUCCUCUCUAGCCAGUGGGUCAUCAACUAGAGCACUUGCAGUGGGCCCAGCUACUCCAGUCUCUUGUCAACAGUGCCAGCAGGCAAGCUGAAUUUUCCCAAGGGGGCAGUGGUGACAUCUGAUUGAAAAGCAUCACUGCCUUGGGUUGGGUUCCUUGGUGAUAUUUCCCUUGGUGACCUGACGUCCCAUUUGUGAGGUGGAGAGGAGGUAUCUGACCUAGACACCAAAUCUGUAGUUAGAUCCACUUCUUGCCCAAACAGAAAAUCAUUCCUCACUGCCCCUCACUCUAAAAGAGGUAUUUACAUAGCCCUGAAAAGAAGAUCCUGUCAUGGGGUGUUGUAGAACAUGGGGUCCCCCAUAUGCUUCCACAGAGAGGAGCUUAAGUGUCUAAAGGGUAUUCUUUCUUCUGUCAUGUUGAUGUUUCCCUCUUAAUUUAUAGGAAUUUUUUUAAUGUAAAGAAUUGCACUGAACUCUGUAAACAUAAAUGCUGCUUUUUGUAGCUCAUAAAAAAAGAAAAAAGGUUCCAUAUUUGUAGUAUACUGCAAUAAUAUUUUUUACAGCCAACUCUUAAGUGAUCCUUGUUCUGGUGGCUUUGUGUAAAUAUGUUUGCUGUAGUUUAAUUCAAACUUUUAAAAGUUGCAAAAUGAGAACAAAAAAUAAAAACAAAUUUGUUUUCUGCUAGAUGCAAAAUGACUAAGCAUGUAUAUUUUAUCAAGCUCAUGUAUUUUUGAAGUUAUGUACUAUAAAAUGUAAAAAAAAAAGGCAAAAGGGGAAAAUCAUUUAGCGCUUUUUUGUUUUGUUUGUGUUUUUUGCUGAGAAGAAAUGUUGAGUAGUUGCAGUAAAACGUGCCCUCAACACUGGGACUCCUAAGAGCUAAUGGAUGGCAGCCAGUGGGAAGUGUCAGGGAGAAAUUCAUCUACAAGGGAUGCCAAAUGACAUACUUGGCUGUCAUGUUCCAAAGGGGCAGGCCCCUAAGGCAGGUAGAGUGGGGAAGGUGAAAAACUAGGAAUUUCAUUAUCUGGAUGAAGUAUAAUUCAGAGAAAUUAUUUCAUUCCAAUUCCAAUCCCAAAAGCUUUCCUAGUACUUCAGUCCCUCUGACCUUUUUUUUUUUUAACUGUGCCUUUUGGCUUCUAAACUGAAGGAGAAAGAUGGAGAAGGGACAAUUUUUCUUUCCCUUUUGAGAGGUGAGCAUAUUUCUGUAUUCUUUCUUUAUUCUGAUUGACUAAAGGAGUUACUAGUCCUGCUUCUCAUAUAAAAUGAGAUCCUUUUCCUUUUAACACUGACCAGAUAAGUAUUUAUAUUUACCUCAGUACCCUUUUCCCACCUCUUGCCUAAGCUUUCACCUUGAUGUAAUACACUGGCCUGAGCUGGUGCUGAGGCUUUAGCUUUUCUGCUUACUCUUUAUUUCUAAUAAAAUUGGUGGCUUUUCCCCAACCCCGAUAACCUUUAUGGCCAGAAUUGUGCAAACCAUACAGGAUGGUCACUUGAAAAAGGUGAAAAAUUAGUAGUCUGGGCCAAGAGUAUGCCUGCUGCUUUUUACCAUCCCCUUGAUCACCACUCUUCUACCCCUCAAAAGAAAAAAAAAGACAAAGGCAUUUUGAGUGAACAGAAUAAGUUCUAAGUAAACCCAAAUCUUUGAGCCCUUGUCCUGAUCUGUGCUCCUCAUCCAAAUAACAAACAUUGCUUUUUAAAUUAAUAGCACUGGAAAAAUUAAAUCAUCUGUUUUACGUGAAGGGACUUAUUUUUUCUUUAUUUUAAGUUUAUGUAAAUAAGUGGUAUAAAUGAUACAGUAUUAACAUUUUGAUGCUGCUCGCCAUUAGCUUGUAGAUGGAGCCCAUGGAUUCUAGCAGCCUUGCUGCUUUCGUGGGGGCAGUUUUUCUUAAACUCCCAGAAUAGUGAUUAAAAAAAAAAGGCAAAAGAAAAAACUAUCCUACUUACAAGCAUAACAGACUGUAUUUAACUUUAUCACAUAAUUUAGAUAUAUAUAUAUAUGCUGUAAAAUGAGGGGAGAGAAAACUUUCUAAUAAACCAAUGAUUUGUGGAAACAGCAUAUUCUGUCAUGAUUCAGCCCCUUUCACUUAGGAUGGGGGAAAUGGAUUUGUGGGUUUAGGGAGGGCAUCUUUAUGUCCACCUUAAGGCUGACAUGGUAUAAAGUCAAUUCAAAACAAAUUUUGGUGUGGACUUGGAUUUGAACCAGUUCAGAACCUUUGGAAGAGGAGGAUGGGGACAGCCCUAGAACUUCCUUGGUGGUCAUGGGUGCAGAACACUGUUCCUCUCUUUCCUGAUGAAUACUCAGAAGUAAAUUAUCUCAUUGAUUUUUUUUAAUGGUCACAGAAUAAUGGUUUUAAGGUUCCAUAACACUUUCCCUUCACAAUGAACUCUGUUCUGGGUUUUUCUUUUGAAAAUCUUUACUUUGAAGCAUUACGGGGAUACAGAGCCACUGAUGAGCAAAAAUACAUGAGAAAAACACCCUAAUUGGUACUAAGCAAAUAAAAGACCAGUGAGAAAUCAGA